UUCCGAAUUCCAAAAUGCAAAACCGCCAUCUCACAUUCACAGAUCAAUCACCUACUCUCCUCUCUCUCUCUCUUCUGUCUCUCUCCCCCAAGUGAUUUCGUUUCACUUUAAAGACCAAAAACCCCAGUCCAACCCUGUAAUCAAUUCCUCUGGAUCACACCCAAUUGCAGAUUUUGUAUUUUUCAAUGUGAUUUUGGGGGGAUUCAAUGCCCCAUGAGACGAGCGCCCCGCCACUUUCAAAUCUUACUUUCCUUUUCCAUUCGUAACUGAAUUCGGGCAUCGUUCUCUCAUGGCGAAUCGCGUCUACCAAGUCUGGAAAGGAAGUAAUAAGUUUAUCCUUGGUGGGAGGCUAAUUUUUGGGCCUGAUGCUAGGUCACUGCUUAUCACACUACUGCUGAUUACAGUUCCAGUUAUCAUCUUUUGUGCAUUUGUUGCGAGACAUCUUCGACAUAAGUUUUCAUCAUAUAAUGCUGGAUAUGCAAUUCUCGUCGCAGCAGUUUUAUUUACCAUAUAUGUACUGGUACUUCUUUUCCUUACUUCAGCCCGGGACCCAGGAAUAAUUCCUCGCAGUUCACAUCCACCAGAGGAUGAAAUCCGUUUUGAAUCUUCGGUAUCAGUUGACAUUGGGGGAAGGCAAACUCCAAGUCUCCAGUUUCCUCGGACGAAAGAAGUUAUUGUAAAUGGGCUCCCAGUAAGAGUAAAGUAUUGUGACACGUGUAUGUUAUAUCGUCCUCCUCGUUGCUCCCAUUGCUCUAUUUGCAACAAUUGUGUGGAACACUUUGAUCAUCAUUGCCCAUGGGUGGGCCAAUGUAUUGGACUGCGGAACUACCGUUACUUCUUUAUGUUUGUUUCUUCGUCAACUCUUCUUUGCAUGUAUGUGUUUGCGAUGUCAGCAUUUUAUAUCAAGAUUCUGAUGGAUCAAUACGAGAGCACUGUUUGGAAGGCAAUGAAAGAAUCACCUGCAUCAGUUAUAUUAAUGGCCUACUGCUUCGUCGCUCUUUGGUUUGUUGGUGGGCUAACUGGCUUCCAUUUGUAUCUUAUUGGGACAAAUCAGACAACCUACGAGAAUUUCCGGUACAGAGCUGACAAUAGAAUCAAUGUCUUCAACCGGGGUUGUGGGAAUAAUUUUCUUGAAGUAUUUUGCACAGAAGUAAAACCAUCAAGAAACAAUUUUCGGGCAGUUGUUCAAGAGGAGGUGCCAAGGCCUCAAGUUCUUCCUCAGCUGCCCCGUGCUGCAGCAGAUGAUUUGGGUGCACAUCCACCGCGUUCGAAGGUUGAAGAUGAUCUUGAUAUUGGUGAAGACUUGUUGAAAAUCUCCCAGCGGCGUAACAUUGAUGAAAUUUCAGAGGACAUACGUGGCAGAGGGAGCAAUGGAGUGUCCCUUAACGCUCCAGAGACUGACCCUGCUUUGGAAUCUGAUCAUCAACCACCAACAAUUCGAUCAGAUAAUCGGCAUUCAAGUUGGGGAAGAAGAAGCAGCAGCUGGGAAAUUGCAACAGAGGCCUUUGCCAACUCGAACGUCACUGAAAGCCGAAGUUACGCAGCAUCAAAGGAAGCAUUACAGUGAUUACGUACUGACAUCGAAUCUUUGAGUUGAGGUGAUGGAUGUUUCGUUUAGCAGAAAGGAAGGCUCCUUUUUCUUGGGAUGCAAAGAUGGCAAAGCUGCAGGAACUAAUACAAAAUGUGAUGGGAAGGCAAAUUCAUCCCAUUAGGUACAAAAUUAUAUAAAUCUCUCUCCCUUUUUUUUUUUUUGUUUGUUUGUUUGUUUAUGCUGGAAAAUCCAUCUAAUUUCUGAGAAGGGUAGAAUUGGUAUCGGUUGUAAUUGUUUGGAAGGAGUAUUAGUGAUUUGGUUUGUCAAACUUUUUUAUUUUUUUUUAUUUUUAUUUUUUAUUGGUAGUUUAUAUCUUACAACAUUCCAUUCUGGCACUCUCAAUUCAAAUUCUUCAUUCCUCUGUUUC